AUGUCUUCUACCAACGACGAAUGGUUGACUGAGGUGAUCGACGGGGGUCUGUCUCGACGAGAAUGGAUUCUAAUUGGGUGCCUAGGGGGCGCUGUGUUUAUAUGUCUCAUUGUGAUUCUAGUGCUGCUAAUAAUUAUGGCUAGGAGAAGACCUAGGAACAACAGACGUGUGCGGAGAGAUUCAUCUAUUGCAGGGAGUUCUGAUUAUGGUCCACAUGAGAAACAUCUCCAGACUAUAUCUGCACCAACUUACGGCCAUGAAGAUUUCAUAAUUGAUACAAAAGAGAAUAGGCUUCGGAGGAUCCCGUAUAAAAAAGGUUACGACAGAGAUACCCACGAAUUUGAUGAAAAUAUACAUGCUUGGGAUCAUAAGGGAAUGUAUCCGGACAAACACCGGAAAGACAGGCACCAAGGAGACAGACACCGUGACGAUAGACACCAUGGAGAUAGACACUAUGAAGAUAAUAAACAUCAUGGAGAGAGGAACCACCGUGAUCGCGAAUAUCAUUCCAACGGGCAUGUGAACCACGUAUCAAACGAUUAUGGGCUCGCACACUAUCCACCACAGCCCUCUGGUGGUCGAUAUGUAGAACGAAGGUAUGACGACUAUGUACCACGGGUUCAUACGCAAUACUAUUAGAGCAACAUCUUAAAAACCAGCAAUACUACUAAAACAAUAUUAAAUACGAUAAAUAAAUACCAUAGUAGCAAUAUAAGAUUUAGAAAUGAUGGAAUAGAAGACUUAUGUACUGAUGAAACAAAAAUAUGAACAUAUACAAAAAAUGUUAAGAAUGAGCUCUUCACCUUGUAAAGUGGUGUCCUUAACUUACCUCAAUCAUGAUGUACACUUCGUCUGGAUUCACGAAAUAAGCAAUACCAUAUUAUUCAAAUAUACUUGUAUGGACUUCAUAUACACUCGUUCACAAAGGAUAUAAAAACUUGGUCACGUUUAGAAUAAUGUUAUUUUGACAUUAUUUUAAACAGAUUAACUGGAUAUGCGACUUUGUAUAUAGUUUAGAUACAAAUAUACAUUUAUUCAGAUACAAAAUUUAGCAAACAAACGUUUUCAUUUUUCAAUAAUGUAGGUAUCGAGUGUUUAAUGGGUUGUAUUUUUGUCUAACCCUGGUUAUAUGUCACCCUAGUUUUAUGAAUCAAAAUUUUAUGUAGCUUCAUUUACCAUAAAUGCUGCUGAUGAUUUUUUGCUUUGAUUUAGUUGGAUUACAUAUAGUUUUAAUUUGUAAACAGCACAACUAUUAAUUAAUAUAAUAUAUUGUUUUUUUUAUUGAACAAAGAAGAUUAUUUACAGAAACAACAUUUGUUUGUUGAGGUAAAAUAUCUAUAUGUAUUUGUCUCAGCUUAUGUGUAAAAUCAAGGUAUUAUAAAACAAGAAUUAACAAUGCACUAUAAAUAUAUACAUAUUCAUGUAUGUUGCUCACAUUCGUUAAUGUUUUUUCAUUUCAUAGUUAGUAUUCGGAGUUACCAUUAUACUGCCAUGCCUAUUACUACCACAUUAUUGAGACUUUUGAAACAGUAAAAAAUUGGUAAACUAUUGAAUAAAGGAACAAAUUUAAAUAUAUUAACAUUGUGUACAUUUACGAUACAUAUAAUAUAUCAUGGAGAAAGGGACGAAUCGGAAUCACUGUACA